AGCAAGGAACACCUGGCACGCAGGGCCUCCCGCUAGACUGCUGGGUACACAGUGUCAAGUGGCUUGCCUUGCCGGGAGGCAACCUGCUCUGCCCGCCCCCUUAGCAACUCCAGCUCCAGAAGCAGCACCCCACUUCCCAGAAGGAUCACCAGGUAGAGCUUGGGCCAGCUCUGUCCAUGGGUAACUGGAAGCCAAGCCCCGCAAGCCUAAGUGGUGGCGGGGUCCCCUGUUGGGGUGGGGGGCCUCCAUGGAAGUCGGGGACCCCUGGACUGGAAGGGUCAGCAGCUUCUGGGGCGGGGCUGCAGGUGCCUGCUCUUCCUAGAUGGAACCCAGCAGGCUGGAAUCCAGUGCGCAAGACUUGGCCCAGGUUCAGCAGGAGCUGCGGUGGGUGGAGCUGGGCUCCGAGGACCCUGGAUCCAGGGGAGAGAAGCCCAGUGCCCCCCAGGGCUGGGGCCGCCUGCUGCAGGCGGUGUGGAGCGGCUCCCCAGGUUUGGUGACGCAGCUGCUGCGGCAAGGCGCCAGCGUGGACGAGAGGGACGCCGCGGGCCGCACUCCGCUGCACCUGGCCGUGCUGCGCGGCCACGCGCCCCUCCUGCACUUGCUGCUGCGACGCGGGCACGCGAAGGCGCUGCGCCUCCUGCUGGCGCACGGGGCGCGGGCGGACUCGGCUCUCGGGCUGGCGGCGGGCCUGGGCCACCUGGAGGUCAUGGAGGUGUUGCUGGACCACGGGGCCGACCCGGACGCCCGGGACCCGCACGGCCGCUCCGCGCUGCACAGGGCUGCGACUGGCGGACACCUACCCGCCGUCCACCUGCUGGUGGCCUGCGGAGCCGCGGUGGACGCGCGGGACUCUCUGGACUUUACGCCCCUGCACCGCGCUGCGCGGGGGGGCCUGGCGGAGGUCGCUGGCCACCUCCUGGACAGCGGCGCGCAGGUCAACGCUGCCGGCUGGCUUCACAAGACCCCGCUGCACCUCGCUGCAGAGCGGAAUCACAGAGUCACGGUGGAGCUGCUGCUGAGCCGAGGGGCCAGCCCCACGCUGAGAACGCAGUGGGGUGAAACGGCCCAGACAGCCCGAGUGUGCCAGCCCCAACCGCCCCCCGCCCUCAGGGGUUCUCUGGGACAGGCUGAGCCCCACUGAGUACUGUUCUCUUUUCUCUUGGGGAUGAUUCUCCCUCCAUCCCAACCAGGGAUUGAACUC